AUGUCGUUCUUCAUUGAAAAUCCCAACGUGGGCAACCAGAGCCAUCUGGAAGACUCUCGAAUUCUCGGCUACAACCCCCUCACCCCACCCAACCUCCUCCAGCAUGAGAUCGCAUUGACCGAGAAGUCCCGGCAGACGGUACUGCAGGGACGUGAGGAGGCAGUCGCGAUUGUGAAGGGUACCGAUGGCGAGAAGCAGCGUCUGAUGGUCGUCAUUGGCCCUUGCUCGAUUCACGACCCCGACAUGGCGCUCGAGUACUGCGAUCGCCUAAUGAAGAUGAAGGAGAAGUACGCCGAUGAGCUGCUGAUCGUCAUGCGUUCCUACCUGGAGAAGCCCCGCACUACCGUCGGGUGGAAGGGUCUGAUCAACGAUCCCGAUAUCGAUAAUAGCUUCAAGAUCAACAAGGGUCUGCGCACCUCGCGCCAGCUCUUCGUUGACCUGACCAACAAGGGCAUGCCCAUCGCUUCGGAGAUGCUCGAUACCAUUUCCCCUCAAUUCCUUGCUGACUGUCUUUCCGUCGGUGCCGUCGGUGCCCGCACCACUGAGUCCCAGGUCCACCGUGAGCUGUCCUCGGGUUUGUCCUUCCCCGUUGGUUUCAAGAAUGGCACCGACGGCUCUCUCGACGUCGCGGUCGAUGCGAUUGGCGCUGUGAAGCACCCUCAUCACUUCCUGUCUGUUACCAAGCCCGGUGUUGUGUCUAUCGUCGGCACUGUCGGCAACCCUGACUGCUUCGUCAUUCUGCGCGGAGGCAAGAAGGGCCCCAACUACGAUGCUGCCAGUAUCAAGGACGCCAAGGCCAAGCUGGAGGCUAAGGGCCUGCCACCCCGUCUGAUGGUGGACUGCAGCCACGGUAACUCCGAGAAGAACCAUAAGAACCAGCCCAAGGUUGCCGCCGUGCUGGCUGAGCAGAUUGCCGCUGGUGAGACCGCCAUUAUGGGUGUUAUGAUCGAGAGCAACAUCAACGAGGGCAACCAGAAGGUCCCGCCCGAGGGCAAGGCUGGUCUCAAGUACGGUGUCAGCAUCACAGACGCCUGCAUCCACUGGGAAGAUACCGAGUCCGUAUUAGAAGUCUUGGCCAAAUCCGUUCGCGCUCGCAGAGAGAAACUGAGCGGAGCUAACUAA